AUCUUUCCGAGUGACAGCAAUCUAAAAUUAGAUGUUUUUGUUUUGUCAUUGAUACGGUCGGAUUUGAACUUUGAACCAGAUCCUCAGAAUGGCGGAGAGCAAACGCACAACUCUUUGUGCCACGAUUGUGGGCUGAUGUAUCAAAUACAGUGUCAUAAACAAAUUAAUAUACAACAAAGUGUAAUACAUAAGUACGUAGAUGCAUUCGCAAUGGUACUUGUGGAGUUAAUCGGGGCUUUCAUCAUUGCCCUAAGCAUUGUAUAUAUUUAUUUUAAAUUUGUGAUAUUUAAUUUCUGGCGCAAAAGGGGUGUUUUUUAUAUCGAACCCGUUGUACCAACUGGAAAUAUAACAGAUCUUGUAACUGGAAAAGCACAAAUAGGUGUAUUUUUCAAAGAUGUCUACAUGAAAUACAAGCAUCAUCGUGUUAUUGGAAUGUAUUCACUUUAUAAACCAGUCUUGUUGAUCAAUGAUCCCGAUCUUAUUCGGACGGUGUUUACAAAGGAAUUCGAAAGUUUCCAUGAUCGAGGAGUAUAUUGCAAUGAAAAGAUUGAUCCUUUGUCCAACCAUCUGUUUUUUAUAUCUGGAAAAAAAUGGAAAAAUAUGCGCAUCAAGAUGACGCCCACUUUCACUUCAGCAAAGAUAAAGCAGAUGUUUUCGCUCAUAAAAGAGUGCGGCGAUGAACUCGCAAACUAUCUGGAGAGCAAAGCACAAAUGAAAGAUUCCGUCGAGAUGAAAGAUAUGGCUGCAAGGCACGAUUUUCUGAAUCUACUCAUUCAACUUAUGGAGAAGGGCUAUAUUGAAUCUGACGAUGACAAGAAGGCCAUCAAUACAUCAAUAACCGUAAACAAACUUACUAUGGCGGAAGCUGCUGCACAAAGUUAUAUCUUUUUCAUAGCUGGCUUUGAAUCAGUCUCGACGACAGUCACGUUCGCUUUAUAUGAAUUAGCUCAACAUCAAGAUAUACAAGACAAAGUUUGCAAGGAAAUCGAUGAAAUAUUAGCAAAACAUGGUGGUUUGACUUACGAUGCUAUGAAUGAAAUGACAUAUCUUCAUAAAGUAAUGAAUGAGACUUUGAGAAAAUAUCCACCUAUUCCAUUACUAGUUCGCAUCUGUACCAAGGAUAUAGAUCUACCGACAACGAACAUUCAUCUCCCAAAGGGGACUUUAAUCAAUAUACCGUUGCUUGGACUGCAUCGAGAUCCGUCAAUAUAUCCGGACCCAGAUAAAUUUGAUCCUGAACGAUUCAACGCAGAUAAAGUAGCAGAAAGACAUCCUUAUGCAUAUUUGCCAUUCGGGGAAGGCCCACGAAAUUGCAUUGGUGCACGAUUUGGUUACAUGCAGACCAAAGUUGGACUCGUGAGUCUUCUGUCGAAAUACAAUUUCAAACUUCAUUCCCGGACUCAGGACCCGAUUAUUUUUAACGAAAAGUUUCCUGUUCUUUCGGCAAAAGGCGGUGUACACUUGAUUAUCGAACCACGAUAAAAUAAUCGCGUUUUUAUGUAAACUUAAAAAUACAUAUUUGUAUUCUUGAUCUAUUCUAAA